CUGAAUUGAUUACAUGUGAAUUUUGGGCAAACGAUUGUUACCUGUUUAUGGUAUAAUAUAGUUUAUAUUCAUUUUAAAUAAAUUAGUAGCAACGAAGGUACACACAAAUGCAACAAAUUGUACGUUUUGUUGUAAUAAUUAAUAUCGUCUUUUUUUGUACGUGAUAGAAAGUUGUGAGUUUCUAACCUAAGUAGUGAAAUUCUCUUGAACGAAGUAAAUUACAUUUCUAUUAAUGUUUUCAAUGGAAGUGGACGAGUAGUGGGGAACUGUACAUUGAGGUGAAUGUUUGAUACAAAUAAAAAAGCGAAACGAAUUAUAAGUAACAAUGACAGAAACCGUGUAUAAAUAUAUGAAGGUACAGAAUAGACCCUAUAGCGUUAACGAUAUAGUAUCUAGUCUGCAUAACGAGUAUGGUAAAGUAGCUGUACAAAAAUCUAUAGAUAAGCUGGUGUCAGAGGGGAAAAUAUUUGAAAAAGUUUAUGGAAAGCAAAAGGUAUAUUGCGUAGCUCAGGAUCUAAGUCAGGAUGUAGAGGACUUGAUGAGAAUAGAUAAAGAAAUGCAGGCACAUGCUAAUGAAGUUGAGAGCAAAUAUCAGGAAUUGGAGAGAGAGAUUAAAAUAAUGGAAGCUUUAUUGACAUCCAUGAAGUCUAGUAUCACAAUCGAAGAAGCAAAGCAGCAAAAAGCUGUGCUUGACGAGAAUAUUAAUGUAUUAACGGUGAAAUUAGAUUCAUUGAUGGAGGCAAGUGGGACAGAAGAUUUAGGGAAACGCAAAAGGGAGACAGAGGCAGCAUUGAAAGAUUACUCGCGUGAAUAUGUGAAACGAAAACGUUUGUGUACUGACAUUCUAGAUUGUAUCCUGGAAAAUUAUCCUGGUACUAAAACUGAACUAUACGAGGAAAUAGGCAUGGAAUCAAAAGUUGUUAAGUGACACCAGUCGCUGUAUGUGUUUCAUUUCAUGAUAUACAUAUAAGUACUAAUUUAUAUUUUUAUAUUUAAGUUAAGCAACCUUUUAAAUUAAUCAAUUAUUUAUUACUCGAUACUUCAAAAUAUGCUUUUUAUCGGUUAACAAUUUUUUUAGAAUGUAUGU